GAGCUUCGACAAUUCUCUUGUUCUUUUGCAUCGAUUUUGUUGAGGGGUGGGGCUUCGACUUGACUCCCCCCCCCCUCAAGAGAGGGCUGAACCCCACCUCUGGGCGCUGCAGGGAGAGGCUUCCCAGCAAAUUCGGUGGCAGAGAGAGAGAGGGGUGGCUGCUUCCUGGAGGGGGAGCCAAGACAGGGCAGAUAGGAGGAGGAACCGAAAGGGGUCACCUAGGCAAGUUCGGUAUCGCCUUUUUAAGCGAGGAUAAGAGGCUCUGGAGAGGGGCUGCAGGAGAGAGGAUGGGGGUGUCUGGGAUUCCACAGCGCCCUGCAGAAGCCAGUGGGUUUGUGGGGGUGGGGGGGGAGCUCCCUCCCCCCUCCCCCUACCCUCUUCUUGUCCCAGCCUCUCCCAAUUACCCCGCGCAGUUCUCUUGCCCAGCGCGGUCCGGCAGUUUCCCCAGCAUCUUUGGCAUGAGGGGCGGUGGCGCUCAGGGACGUCCUGGUCUCUGGAGGGCCCCGGAAUCUCCGCAGAAGCUGGCGAGAGCAGGCGACAGCUAUAGAAACACAGAAAAAGGACAAUUCACAGAGAAAAGCUCACCAGCUCCCUUCGGAGACGUGUGUGAAAUUGAAGGGCUGUGGGUGGACACACCCAGAGCCAGGGCGACCCUCCAGGAAGGCUGCCAGCGAGUACCCAGGUCCCUCUCCACUCCCAGAGGAGGGAGCCUCGCUCUGCCGGGAGAUGGGUUUGUGGUUUUAAAGCGGCGCGGCGCUCGGACUAUAAAACACAACAAAUCAUAGACCCGGCGGAGCAGCAGCGACCGCGCGCGCCUCCCCUCCCAAUGAGUUCCUAUUUCGUGAACUCCACCUUCCCCGUCACUCUGGCCAGCGGGCAGGAGUCCUUCCUGGGCCAGCUACCGCUCUACUCGUCGGGCUAUGCGGACCCGCUGAGGCACUAUCCUGCGCCCUACGGCCCGGGCCCCGGCCAGGACAAGGGCUUCGCCGCCUCCUCCUAUUACCCACCGGCCGCCGGCGGCUACGGCCGUGCGGCGCCUUGCGACUACGGGCCGGCGCCGGCCUUCUACCGCGAGAAGGAGUCGGCCUGCGCGCUCUCGGGCGCCGACGAGCCGCCCCCGUUCCACCCCGAGCCGCGCAAGUCGGACUGCGCGCAGGACAAGAGUGUGUUCGGUGAGACGGAGGAACAGAAGUGCUCCACCCCGGUCUACCCGUGGAUGCAGCGGAUGAAUUCGUGCAACAGUUCCUCCUUUGGGCCCAGCGGCCGGCGAGGUCGCCAGACCUACACCCGCUACCAGACCCUGGAGCUGGAGAAGGAGUUCCACUACAACCGCUACCUGACCCGGCGGCGGCGCAUCGAGAUCGCGCACGCGCUCUGCCUGACCGAGCGCCAGAUCAAGAUCUGGUUCCAGAACCGCCGCAUGAAGUGGAAGAAGGAGAGCAAGCUGCUCAGCGCGUCUCAGCUUAGCGCCGAGGAAGAGGAAGAAAAGGCGGCCGAGUGAAGGCGCUGGAGAGAGGGCACGCGAAUGGAGAAGCCUGCAGAGAGCCCAAGGCGUCGGCGAGACGGAGGAGGCUCUGCGGGCAGGCGGGGGCAGGGACUCGCUCCCCACGCCGCCCUCCAGCACCUCUCCCUGCGCCCCCGCUCGCAGAGACCCGCUCCGAGCCCCCCACCUCGCGGAGCCCCCUCGGCCCGGAGCAGGCUCCCCCCCCACCGCGGGAACUGAGGACCUGACUCACUUGAUGUGUCCUGGAAGCAGAGCAAAAUGCUCUUGUCCCUGUCGCGUCUCCUCGUGUCGUCUCUGUCCCCCCGUGCACGGUUCAAUGGUAGAUUCGCUGUCCCCUCAACGGGACCUCGAAGACUCCCUGACCCCAGACCUGUCGUCUCUCCCACCCUCGCCCGAAAGCCACUGGAAGGAGCACAUACUACCUAGAAGUAAGAAGAGGAGCCUCAGAAGAAAACAAAGUUCUAUUUUAUUAAUUUUCUAUGUGUUGUGUUUGUAGUCUUGUCUUAGUUCUGGACGUGAAAUACUUCGGUAAUAAUAUUAAUAUUAUGAAUAAUGAUAAUAAUAAUAAAGACGUAAAAACUC